AUGACAAAGGCUACCUCUACACCCACAAGAGUAGCGCACACACGGAGUGGUGCCUCAAAGAAGACUCCCAUCAAGUCUGAAAAGCGAACAAGAACGCCCAAAAGUUCACCGUGUCGUGAAAACGAUGAUUUGGACAUUGUAGCCCUUACAAACUCCAAGCUCUACAGCAUCUGUAUGGAUGGAUGCGAUGAUGUCAAGGCUAAUUCGGAUGACUUUCUGGGCUUCUUGUUCCAUGGAGCCACCAACAACAUUAGCACUUCAACGGUUGGUAUGUAUGGAGAAAUCAAACUCUCUUCUUUGCUAACUAUUUGUAACACUAUGGUUGAAUACGGUCUGGAUGAUAAGAGUGUCGUUCUCGAUUUAGGAAGUGGCAGAGGCGUUCCGAAUUUUGUGUUUUCGGCAAAUGCACAUCCAUUUUCCUCGAUUGGUAUCGAAAAGUGUCCGAUGGCAUAUCUUAAUUCCAUAAACAACAUGUGUACUGUGCUUAAUCGGGAUGUUGUAAAGAGCAGAGAUUUUGGAAAGAAUGAGAUUGUUAAAUCUGAGGAGACUGAUACUUUUGAAACAGUUACUCCAAAGAGAAGGAUAAAGACCGAAGAAGAUUAUUCUGUUUACACACAGCUUGAAGAUCCUUAUAUGGAAUGCGAUACAGCGGCUGAGACACCCGAUUUGACAUAUGCUCCGGAGGUGUUCACUCCAAUGGUAGACGUUACAAAUGUGUUGGAUGAGUUAAAGCAUCAGCCAACUACUCAUGGACUCGCAUUUGUUAAUGAGGAUAUAACUGCAUACGACAAUUUUGAUGGCGUUACCCACUUUUACAGCUUUGAUGUUGCCAUGGAAAAGCCUCUUAUAAACAACAUGGUGUACCAGUUUAUGAAUACAAAAACAGCAUGGCUGUUUGCCUCGUUUGUUGGUGAUCUUAUCACAAAUUUUGAUUUAAAGGACUGUUUUAUUGCUGCAAAAAUAUUUUGCAAAAUGUACAUUAGUGGCGAAUCUCGAAUUUGUUUUGUAUAUGUAAAAAAUAACUGGAGAGAAAUUAAACAAAAUGCAGAUUAUUCAAUAUUGAAAAAGCUUUAUACGACAAAGAAGGAAAAGUUGACAACAGAUGGCUACCUUCACACUGGAAGCAUAAAUAUUAACCAGUGGAACGAGCCCCAAUCCGCGAUUGAUGUUAUUAAACUUUCCAAACUGUCUCUGUACUCACAAUAUCUUUGGUAUCUCAAGAAAAUGCACAAGAUGACGCGUCCACGCAUAACUAGAUCAUCUUCUGAGUCAUAUUAUGGAUAUUCUGCAAAGAGAAGAAAUGACCUUUGCAAUGAACGUGACGCGCUCGUUGAAAAGAUCGCAAACACUACGGACAGGAAUGUUUUGAAUAGAUAUAGACAAGAACUAAAAUCGCACAUUUCUAGUCAUUUUAAAAAGGUUGGUACAUACCCCGGUUAA